AUGGAGCGGAACGACGGCAACUCAGUACCGCUGGGGAGAAGAGGUGAGAAGCUCAUGGUAAAGUGGAAGACUUGCGGAAAGACAAAGCACCGCGAUCCUACAGGCGGCGUAUAUCGUGGCGCUGGAAAGGAUAGCCGAGACCCGAUGGACAGAAUCAAGGACUUUAUUGCCUGUACAAGAGACGAAAAGUCAGCGCAGGCCCAGACGAGAGCAGAGACGGAGAAAGAGCAAGAGCGAGAGUUCUGCGAAAUCUUCGUUUUCGAGUUUGACAAGAAGGGCAGGAUUGUCAAGCAUGUCAUGGAGCAUACGGAAGAGGGAGGAGGCUGGGAUCACAUGACGCGAGUCGUCUCCGUUGCGGACUCGCUGCUGGGUUUGAUUGAUGGAGGGAGAAUACACUUUGCAUGA